GAUCACAUUAACGAGUGUGUCUAAACUUCCUGCACGUAAAUUGGGGUUCAUGCACGUGAACAGGGAUAUGCAUUUGUGCAUCGUGUCUUUUGCGUGAAUUUUUUUACUGAGUCUACUCUGCUUCCAUAGUUUUGGAAAGCAGUACAACACUGACAACAGCUGCACAAAAGCCCUCCGCCAUGACAGCCGACACGAACUAAUGAAUUAACGCCGAAGUGAGACACACAGCUGACUUCAGGAGUUGUUAUGCUAUUGAAGUGGUCUAGGGAUGCCCAAAGAGAAAUAUGACCCGCCUGAUUCCAGGCGGAUGUACACUAUCAUGUCCAGUGAGGAGGCAAACAGUGCGAAAAAAUCCAUCUGGGAUGGACUUGAAAUAACUGGUAAUGUACGGAGUCUCAGCUCGGGCCUUUGGUCGCUCACGCACCUCACUGCUCUGCACCUCAGUGACAACUCCCUGUCACGCAUCCCACCUGAAAUUGCCAAGCUGAACAACCUUGUGUUCUUGGACCUGUCGUCCAAUAAGAUCAGGAGCCUGCCAGCAGAGCUUGGCAACAUGGUGUCUCUCAGGGAACUGCUUUUAAAUAACAACCAGUUGCGGGUUCUGCCUUUCGAAUUGGGGAAAUUGUUUCAGUUACAAACACUGGGGUUGAAAGGCAAUCCACUCACUCAAGAAAUUAUGAGCCUCUACAAGGAGCCAGAUGGUACCCGGCGACUGCUAAGCUACCUUUUGGACAAUCUUAACGGUGCUAUCAAGCGCAUCCCAACAGAGCCACCUCCGUCCAGGUCCUGGAUUGUGCUGCAGGAGCCUGAUAGAACAAGACCCACAGCCCUGUUAACUGUAAUGUGCUACAAUGUGUUGUGUGAUAAGUACGCCACACGUCAGCUCUACGGCUACUGCCCAUCCUGGGCCCUUAACUGGAGCUACAGGAAAAAGUCCAUUAUGCAGGAGAUCCUCAGCUGCAAUGCGGAUAUUAUCAGCUUACAGGAAGUGGAGACAGAGCAGUAUUACAACUACUUCCUUGUGGAGCUGAGUAAACAGGGAUAUGAUGGAUUUUUCAGCCCAAAAUCCCGGGCCAGAACCAUGUCUGAAUCGGACAGGAAACAUGUAGAUGGAUGUGCAGUAUUCUACAAGACUGAAAAGUUCAGCAUGGUGCAGAAACACACAGUAGAGUUUAACCAGCUGGCUAUGGCCAAUUCAGAGGGCUCAGAGGCUAUGUUGAAUCGGGUCAUGACCAAGGACAACAUUGGGGUGGCUGUGUUGCUGGAGCUUAAGAAGGAGUUAAUGGAGUUGUCAUCAGGUAAGUCUAUCCAUGCUAUGGAGAAGCAGCUCCUACUAGUGGCUAAUGCUCACAUGCACUGGGACCCAGAAUAUUCUGACGUGAAGCUGGUACAGACCAUGAUGUUCCUGUCAGAGGUGAAGAAUAUCAUAGACAAAGCCUCCCGCAGUCUGAAGCUCUCCUCGGUGUCAGGAGAAACCAACAGCAUCCCUUUGGUGCUUUGUGCUGACCUCAACUCACUUCCUGACUCAGGUGUAGUGGAGUACCUGAGCACAGGUGGGGUGGAUUGCACACACAAAGACUUCAAGGAGCUGCGCUACAUUGACAGCCUGACCAACUUCAAUUGCAACGGCAAAAAUGGCACAUCUAACGGGACGAUCACGCAUGGUUUCAAGCUAAAGAGUGCCUACGAGAACGUUCUCAUGCCUUACACCAAUUACACUUUUGACUUCAGAGGUGUCAUUGAUUACAUCUUCUACUCCAGGCCACAACUGAACGUGCUGGGCGUCCUCGGGCCUUUGGACACAAACUGGCUCCUUGAGAACAAUAUCAUUGGUUGCCCACACCCUCACAUCCCCUCUGAUCACUUCUCCCUGUUUGCACAACUGGAGCUGGUCCUGCCUUAUCCUCCCCUUCUCAAUGGAGUCCACUUAGCUGGACACAGAUAGUGAGCCCUUCUGGCCACUGAUGGCGCUGCAGAGUCACAGUUCUUAUAAGUUUU